CACAGGACAGGUUCUUCUGUCACUGUAAACACACUGUUGACACACAGCUGUUAACACCAGGAAUUAAGUAUUGGAUACCCAUUGACCUCGGACAGGAUGACAAACAUCUUGCGGUAUCUUGUUAAUCACCUGCUGACGUUCUCCCUCCAGGACGGGGAUGUGCAGAACGUGGAGGAAGCCCAGACUCGUCUCUCCUUCCUGGCUGAGAACAAAAAGCUGUGGAGUCAACAGAUGUUCCUGGAUGUUGGAGCACAAGCCAUCCAUCUGCGAGACACACAGAGCGAGGACGAGCUGGAGAGGUACUCUUUCAGAUCCAUCUACCGCUGUGACGCAGUUAACACAGAAAAACACUUCCCAUCCCUCCUUCUCCUGGUCUGCCAAAGCGCAGAUCAGGAGAAACCGGACAUUCACUUCUUUAACUGCGAGACAGUGAAGGCAGAGAAAAUCUGUGACGACAUCGCACGCGCAGUUUCGGGUUCCAGCAGGAGUAAGAAGGUGCCUGAUGCCCUCAGGCUCGCUCAGAGUGGGGGAGAGGUGAUCGACCCCUAUGAAAUCCCAAGUCACCCUAUCCCACAUGCUCCAAAUCCACCACCACCGAACCCUCCACCUUACCCUGGACCCAGAGCGAACGGCAUGAACGGCGGGCCUGAUAUCUCCUUCCUGCGAGCAGAGCGAGAAGUGGGGAUCCUCAAUCACUGUUUCGAUGACAUCGAGAGCUUCAUGGCCAAACUGCAGCAGACUGCUGAGGCUGCAACUGUGCUGAACCAGAGGAAGAAGAAAAAGAAGAAAAGCAAAAAGCAAAGUGCUGAAGAAGAUUUACUCACUGCAAAGGCCCGUCCUCCACCAGAGGAGGAAUUCAUUGAUAUCUUCCAGAAAUUCAAGUAUUGCUUCAGCCUACUGGCUCGUCUAAAGUCAGCCAUCUCCAAUCCUUCGUCAGAGGAGCUUGUUCACCAUAUAUUCAAACCUUUGGAUAUGAUGGUAAAAACAACAGGGGGACCAGCUCUCGGAGCCUCAGUGUCCAGCCCGGCCCUGAGCACCUCUGCUGUCUCUCUGCUACAAGACAACCUGAGCGAGGAGGAGAGGCAGCUGUGGACGUCUCUGGGUCCCAACUGGACGCUGCCAACGGUCAGUAUCAGCAAUCACUUGGCUUGCCACUCUCAGCUCAGAGGGCCCGUGGCUCCCUACACACCUGUCUUCUUGGAUGGUUGGAAGCCAGAAGCCUUUAGGGCAGACGGGCAGGUUUGGGAGGAUCCGGUCGAGUCACAGCACAAACAUGAGGCCCUCCAAGUAAAACAAGAGCAGCAGCAGCAGGAGCCAGCUGCUCCUCCAGAAUCUCGUGUCAGCGAUGAAACAGACAGCAGCUCACUCCCACCAGAGUCUGAAAGGAUGUACAGCUGCACUUAUGACUUCAUAGCCAGGAACAGUAGUGAACUCUCAGUGCAGCAGGGGGAGACACUCGAGGUGGUUGAAUCGUCCAAGCGCUGGUGGAAGUGUCGUAAUCGUUUCAACCAGAUUGGAUUUGUUCCCUUCAACAUCCUGGAUCCCUUGACUCACAUAGACAGCCCCGUCACGCACACACCCCCUCGUGCUCCAGCUCCGCCUCCCCUCGCCAAGACUUUCUCUGUAGUCCCACCAAGUCCUCCUACUCUGCCUCAGGCCCUCACCCAACCUUCUCAGCGCCCACGCAGCUUACCGCCAUACAGCCAACAUAUACCUGCCACAGAGGACCCAGAUUCAAAAGUCAUGCAGAUAAAUGACGAGCUGCUCCAAAGGCUGACCAAUGGAAAGGCUCAGCUGAACAAACCUCUGGUCAUCCCUCGCUCCUCGGAGACCUCUGUGCCUCUGGAUUACCACUCUCCUCCAGACGAGGUAGCUGAGUGGCUCAGAGGGAAGGGCUUCAGUGAACCGACAGUGUCAUGUUUGGGAGUGUUGACAGGUGCCCAGCUCUUCUCCCUCAACAAGGAGGAGCUACGAGCUGUGAUUCCAGACGAGGGCGCCAGAGUGUACAGCCAGCUAACUGUGCAGAAAUCACUGCUGGAGGAUGCCAGAAGGGCCACAGAGUUGGAGGCCGUCAUGGAGAAACAGAAGCAGAAGGUGGACCUGAAACUGGAGAGCAGCACGUUGUGAGCAGCGGGCGUCUCCAUCAGGAAGAGUUUCACAUGAAGGAUUGUGUUCUUCUGGUUUUGUUGUCACUUGAGAGUGAACUCCUGAAUUAUUCAUUCUGUUCACCAGAAAACAAACAUGUGACAGUGACCAUCUAACAUUGUCUGUGAACACCAUCAUGCUGUAGUGACUUUGUCUUAAAACCAAAGUGUUUGGCAGCGAACCAGAAAUUUGAGCUUUUAAUGAAAGCAGAUGCAGAUUAAAUAUUUUAAAGUACA